UAGAAGUGUCUAAUUAUUACGUACAUAACCUUACUAUUUAAUUUUUAAAUAAGAAUUGUGGUUGUGUGAUUUUAUAACAUAAGAAAAAUAAUAUUUGGAAUGGCUUCCAAACAAUUAUUUAGUGUAUUUAGUAAGCUAGUUAUAUCAACUAACAGUUUAAACAUCGCGAGACCAAUAUGUACGACCAGUUCGAAAUUAAGAGAGGUCGUUAACAGAAAGGAAAUGCUUAAGACAGUCCCUGCCAUGGACGAAGGCACUCAAGGAGAAAAAUCGGUUGAAAUCGAUUACGGAUUGAAUAAGCACGAAUUAUUUCCAACAGCGGAGACUCCUAACAAAUUAUUCAAUGGAAUUCCUUUUAAAGAUAUACCUAUAUUUCAUAUAAAAGUAUCUAAAAACAACACUCUAAUAGCGCUUACAGAUGCUAAAGGUGAUUUUAAAAUAGUUAGGUCAUGUGGUUCGGAAGGAUUUAAGCAUACAAGAAAAGGAACUAAUAUUGCAGCCCAAGCUACUGCAAUAACUAUAGGAACUAAAGCUCGUGAGCAAGGCUACAAGACUAUCAGAGUUAAAGUAAAGGGAUUGGGGCCCGGUAGAAUGUCUGCUAUCAAGGGUUUACAAAUGUCUGGUUUAGAAAUUAUUUCAAUUACCGAUGCUACUCCGGUUUCUUGGAAUCCACCUAGGCCUAGGAAGCCGAAGAGACUCUAAAGUUAUGUAUUGCUUUGUAUUUAGAUUAAUAAUAUACCUAAGUAAUUAUUAUUUUAUUUAUUUAAAUC